AUGCACUGCAUUUUAUUUUGUUUUUUAGCUGAAGACUGCAAAGGUGCCGCAGCUUCCAAAAUCGUAACCAGUAAUGGAACAUCACUGAGUGUAAAAGGCGUUACCUUGAUAUUUCCUCCUGGAGCUGUGAAAGAUCCUGUCACCAUCCAACUUACUUUGGAUGAACCUUACAAAUACUGCUACCGUUUAAUAGCUCGUUGUGGUCUCCAGAACGAUGUGAUAUUUGUUGCUCCCAUUGUCAACUGUCAACCUAAUGGCCAGAAAUUCGAAAACUAUAUCACUGUGAAGGUCACAUUGAACGGUAAAAGAGUGAAGUCACACGGUGAUCUCCUCGUCUUACAUGGAACUCGGAACAGUCAAAGCCAAAAGCCAAAUUGGGAGGAUAUCACUGAUGAGACCAAAUUUGAUUUUGAAACGAAGGAACUAAAAGUUAAGAUCAAUCAUUUUUCAUUGAUUGCUGUUCUGGCGAGGUUAUAUACGCAUUCUUGGGUAUGCACCAAAGAAUUUGUGACCCGGCUGACCUCCAUGUCCUUCAACUACGAGUUGUCUGUCCUCCUCAAAAGUAAUCAGCAACAAUGCCCCUCUGACGAGCUUGCCCUCGUGUUCAUGAGCCAAGACACGUACCAGGAGCAGUAUUACAGAGAUCAUGAUGAUUGUGCCCUGAUGCGGCUUAAAAAAGAUGGAUUUGAAGAACUUCCUAUUGACUGUAGAAAUUUACAGGAAAAUAACUGCAUUUGCAACAAGGAAACGUUAAAGAUCUCAAUUCAACUCGGGGAGGAUUACGAACUGGCAAAUAACCAGCAAAAAUGCUUUGAAGUUGUGGUGGACUCUGCUGCCUGGUGGAAAGCUGGACAUGUGAUCAAAUUACCUUUACAAGCUUCUGACGCGAAUUCCAAAAUUUUUUGUGGAAAGAUCCGUGUGGAAGGCAAGUGUGGGCACGACCGCGAAAGCAAGUUUUGCCAGCAAGGUGAGCUUCUGCAGUAAUUCGAGUGAAUUUUUAAAUUUUAUCAUCCUCCUUGCUAAUAUGUGGCCUCUUACAAUCUUAUUAAGUUUAAUUGUAAGUCAUAAUACAGAAAAGCUUUCGAUAAAAAAAGAAUUUGUCUAUGAUCUCAUACGAAAAACUGUAGAUUAAAUGGGCAUGCUUAUUUCAUGAUGAAAAAAAAAUUUAAUUGCAGAUCUGUGUGGCUAUGUGAGACGCGUUCUUGCUGUGAAGAGGGCAAUUUUCGACGUGAAAUCCGUAGCUCAAAAGCUCGAAUUACCCGUUGAAACUCAGCACCAAGUUGUUGCUUGUUGGCAAGGAGAGAAAGAACAACUGGAACUUGCAAUACAACACUGGAGGGAAAAGCAUGGGUAUGCAGCAAAUCCGAACAAUCUAAAAAAGCCCUUGAGGAGCUAGAACCUGAUGGUAAGUCUCUUCUCUCCGACUGCGUGUAUAGAAGAUCAUGACCAUAAACUUCUAAGCAUGGUCUGAGAGCGACUAAGAGGUCGCUUACCAUGAUAAACAAGGAAGUUUCUAUCUUUCCAUGGUACAGAUACAUUUGCUACCUCCCGAGGAAAAUUCACAUUCUGUUUGAAUUUUUGGCGAAAAGCCAGUAUUGGCAUUUGAAAAAAGAAAGAAGAAGGUUUUUUUUGCAUAUGCCCCAAUUUCGGAAACACAAAAAGACCAGAACACUGGGCACUUCACAGACCAUUACGGCAAAUAUGAAGGAGUCAAAGCACAUGGUUUAUUUUACCUUAUUAUACGGUCUAACCAUUUCAGAUGUCAUUGCAAACUUGUGGGGCAUAUUCUCCUCGCUCGUUUUAUUGUUGGUCCGUUCCAAGACUUGAGCUACGUGGUCAGGUGUCCUACUCAUUGAGUCAAAUGUUGGGGGACAGAGGAUUUCGGAUAAGAACCAUGAUCACUAUUUUGUUCUAUUCAAGUAACAGUCACUUAAUUUCUCUAUAUUUCUUUAGAAUUUAAGGUGAAAGAGAGGGGGCAAAUGCACAUUGAACACUUGAGAGACCUGGCAUUUAAAAUCGCAGGUUUAAGACAUCAGGAUUCUGACCUUAUGAAAUAUUUUGGUCGCGAAGUAAAGAUGCUUUGUAGCGCAGUUUUGAGAGACUGCUGUAUUGAGAACGCAACCUCCAAAGGAGAGGUGGAAUCAGCAACUCAAACGGAGAAUUUUGCCUCUGUUCUUGUGAUGAAAAGGCGACUACCCGAGAGCGUUGGAAAGAUGUGCACGCAUAUGUUCUCAUCUCAAGAGGAUGAAUUCAUUACAUGCAGUUUCCUAUGCAUUGUUUCUGAGUUCAUCCAAGCCAUUAAAGAAAUCUUCCGAGAGGAAAAAAUUCAACGAACACCGAGUGGAUUAAGAGGAGUAACAGAGGAAGCAACUCUCCAAAACGUUACUUCAGUCAUUCAAGGUGCUGCUCAUGAUAAGAAUAUUUUCAAACUUCUGAAUGAGGUGUGCUACAUUCUGGAGAUUCUGUGUCGAAACAACAACAACGAUGACCGACAAGAAGAAUCGCGGAUACAAAGAUGGGGUAGUGGUGUUAUGAUGGGUGACAUGUUGGAAUUUCUGGAAAGGUUCUUUCAAAGCACUGAAGCACGUAGAUUAUACAAAAGAUUGGAUUUGUUUUCCGUCUCUUUGAGAGACAUCAUAAAAAACCCUACAGAUUUUGAGGGAAGCUUCUUACGUGAUUUCCAUAAUGUUGCAGUAAGUUUGCUGAAGUUCGCCAAGUUUGAUCCAUCACACCUUGUGCAAUUUGAACUAAAGGACCCAGCUAACUCGAUCAACAACCAGACAAGAGAUGACAUAAAGUACGAUAUGUCGAAAGAAAUAUAUUCUCAGUUCUUUUGGAUGAUCAAAGAAAGCGAGGAAAUAUUGCAACUUGAGGCCACUGCGCAUGUUCACAUUGGAGGACAUCUUCUUACAAUUGGAGCAUUUGAAGCAGUGAUCGUCCUUCCUGAGUCAAGAAGUGAGGUUGUUGAAAAUGCUCCCAUUACUUCUUUUCCAGUCUCAUUCAAAAGUGAAACUGACGGAGACUCAGGCAACCUUCAAGUUACUCUAUAUUCUACGCAGAAAGACGACAUCAGCAAGGCUCUGGAAUAUUUGCAGAUCUUCUCAGAACAAACAGAAAUUAAGGAAACCAGCCUCAAACUUGUGAACGUCGCCAGAGCAGGGACAGACGUCAGACUACGUUUGAUUCACAGAUGGGGAUCAGGGACCAUAGAAGUUGAAAGCAAUAGUUUUGAGCCUCAGCCGCUUGGAUAUUCAUCUCCUGAAUCUCAACAAAAUUUGGAAAUAACAGGUUGAGAAAAAAAUAUUUUGUAAAAAUAACUGGUCUUCAAGUCUAUACUGUUAACCUAUUAUUGUGACAUAAAAUGGCUGAUAUGAUGAACGCAUACUAAGAAAUCAGAGACAUAAAACUACCUAAUUUCCUUCGUGAGAAAUCUCCAAUCUAGAAAUCUUUGCACUCUAUCCUCUUCUUGUAAGCUAAAUAAUGCUAUAUAAAAUGAGAUUAAUCAUUUUUCAACCCAUUUCAAAUAUACUGUUUUAAUUACUUGAACAUUUGUUAGAUUCAAUGAAUAACCAAAAAUACCAAACUGCACUGUAUAUCGCUUUAGAUGAGUCUGAUCAAACAGCGGUGAGGGAAUCGUCACUUUUAUCAGGAACAAGCGAGCGCUUUGCGGAUAACCACAGCAGUGGCAGCAACUUCAUGACUGGCUCAUCAAGUGCUGAACUGAUUCCUUUCCCGCCGUCGACAACAAUGCCAACGGGUAUGUUUUUAGAGAUUUUAAAUUAAUCUUAGGGUGCGUUCCUUUGGUUCAAUUUCUGAUCAGUGGCGUUCCUUUGGAGCAAAUCCAUUGUCAGAUUAGUGAUUUAUCAAAUCCACUCUGCACAAGGAUUUUAUCGUAUCACUGAUCUGCGCGAUUUGAAUACCCAAGAUUAUUGAAUCACAGACCCGACGCGUUCCUCUGGGCGAAGGAUCCGAAAUUAAUCAUUUUGCCCGGCGGUACUCAAUUCAAACAAGUAGGUACUUCAUAUAUUGACCGGAAAGAUUGUUGGCAAUCACUCCACAAAUUCUGCUAUAAACAAGAAAUAUACUUUAGUAUGUAAUGUUGAAUCGAUCGGCCACUGAUCGCAGGCACUCAGGGUUCCCAAGUAUCCAUAUCGUAAUCAAUACUUGCUUCUAUAAGUCAAUGGUAGGUCUUCCCCUAUUCCUUUGUCCAUGAGGCAGACCAAGGGAAGUAGCUAACUGGCAUUUCAAACAGGUGACAUUCGAAAAUGACAUCGAAAGUCUAAAACAAUGUAAAGUUGUAUGAUACGUUUCAAAUAAUUCUCAAUGGGGCCAUGGCUCUGCAUCUCCCUACUAGUUAUCAAAAGAAACGAUAGAAAUUCUUCAUCUUCACAACUUCUUGCUUCUUGUGGUAUUGAAUCAUCGGCAAGUUCCUCUAUGAACGAAACAACAGCUGCUCUACAGAGGAAGGCCAUUGUUUUUGUUUUUAAAUUUAGCUUGCGAUUCCGCUGACGCGCUCUACGAUUUCGCGCCUGCUGUCAUGGUAACUGUUUAUCAGAUCAGCUACGUUCCUUUCAUGUACCGUGAUCUGUGUGAUCUUGGAUCACAAAAUCCUAAUCCGUAACCUCCCAAAGGAACGCAUCCUUGGGAUACGUUCUUUUGGAAGGAUUAAGAUUAGUGAUUUUGAUCCGAGAUCACCCAAUGAUCCGUUUUCAGAUCCCUCAAGAUCAGUAAUCUGAUAUAUCCCUGUCCAGAGUGGAAUCAAUGUAGCAAUGAUCUGACAAUGGAUUUGCUGCUAAGGGGAACGCACCCUUAAUCAGAAUGUUUCAACUGAUCAGCGAACUAUUUGCAGUGUGGUGUUGAAUAGUGUACAACGAUUUCAAUGCGUAUACGGACUAACAAUUUCGUGUCAUUGAUACUUUAUUUCAGUAAUAAACGUUAAUAACUAUUUUAAUCACACUGUCAACAUGGAGGGUCACGUUUGUGUGGCUGGAGAGAACCCAAGUCUAAACGUUCAAGCACCUUCAUCUGCAGUACAGCGGUAUGUACACUUGCACAGUGGUGCAAUAUUCAAUAACUGUGCUGAGUGUAGUGGAUCAGAAAUUUACUGCUAAUAAGGGAAGGAAUAAUAAUAAGAAGGAAGUUACCAGUUAUUAGUUCAUUAUCCUUAUGUUUUAAUUUGUAGCAGUAAGUACUCUGUCUUCUAUUUUUCCUCUCAACUUCAUUCACCCAAUUUUAUUGAGUGUACUGAGAUACUCACAUUUAAGCUCUUUGAUUCAACCACCGACCAUAAACGGUAAAAUUAUAUGAUUAACCGGCGACCUGGCAUUUUUAACUAAUUAAGGUUUAUCGGGGCUGUUAGUUACUCUUCACCUUCAUUAUUUUAUAGAACUGAGACAAAAGUAACUGCAGUCUAGGUAACGGGAGAAAUUGCAUUGUUUUUGUUGCUUUUAGAAGAGAAAUAUCUGAAACCAUCCUUUGUAUUGUUCCUCUUGGUGGUCUGAUAAUGGUUAUGUUCCUCACAGGCGGCCCAAGCUCCAACUAUGCGAUGAUCAUCUUGCGAAAUAAGAGUCAUGAUGUAAUUUUAAAAGUUUGUAUGGGAGUAUAAACGACCUCUCAUAGGAAUAAAAAAAAGGUCAUCCAUUUCUAGGUUUAGUACUCAUGAGAGAAGCUCAAGGCUGCACACUCCAUUUCCGAAAGCGAUAAAUCUAAGCUCAAAAUGACCGGGCGGCCACAAAUCCAACGCAGAACCCAAGCACAUAAACUGCAGUUUCAUUUAGAUUUACUACAAACUCAAUCUUCCCGGUGAAACCGACGCUAAGCCGCAGUUUGCUUCAAAAAUUUCCAGUUUACGUUUCUAAAGGCCCGCGUACAUAUUCACCACGACACACGACCGUUAUAAACCAGCUUGGUAACCCUGCCUCCUUUGCUAACUAAGCCGUGAGCCCUUCUGGUCGAUGUCACUUUGACGCAAGCAACUGUGCCUCGCCGGGGACCACACAGUCACUUGGCAUCAAUAAAUUUUAAAACCAAGGGUGCUAAGUGCGGCUUAGCGUCGGUUUCACGGGGAGGAUUGAGUUGGUAGCGAAUUGAAAUGAAACUACAAUAUGUGUGCUUGGGUUGUGCGUUGGAUUUUAUGGCAGCCCGGUCAUUCUGAGCUUGGAUUUUUCGCUUCUCGGGUCGGGUGUUGUGCAGCCUUGGGCUUCUUUUAUGUAAUAAACCUAGAAAUGGACAACUCGCUUAAAUGGGUUCUUUUCAACAAAGUAAGUGGUCAGAUAACAAGCAAUGCAUUGUGGAAGUAAGGUGAGGUAUUUUUAUUUAGAAUUUGACUGUAUUUUUUUAUUCCUAAGAGCGGUCGUAAAUAUUCCCGCACAAACUGUUGUGAUUUCGCCAUGACUCUUAUUUCGCAAGAUGAUCAUCGCUCAGCUGAAGCUUGGGCCGCCUGUGUGUUCCUGUAAAAAAAAGACUUAUUUAUUAUCCUUACUUCCCAUUCUUCUGCUUCCUCAAUAAUCGCAGAAAGUAAAGCUUGUUCGCUAGUUGACCUUUCUCGCAUCAAGCAAAAAUGUUUUUUAAAAAGUAGUAAUUAACUAAACGUUUCAAAUGAUUCAGUUUUCUAGAGGCUGGACCGGGUGCUGCCACAAACAGAAGUAUAACUGAAGGAGCUAAUGAAGACUCAUGAAGUGAAUCGAUAGCCUUGGAAAGAAAUAUCUAUUGCUGAGUUCUGAUAGGGAGUUCUCUUUAUCUAGAAAUAUAUAUUAAACCCUUUGUUACGGUCGAGAAAAUAGCGACCAAUUCAAUUUUCUCGUCUUAGAAAAGUAGAUGAAAUAUUGAAGGUGAUUUUAUAGACAUGGCUAGUAUAUACAUCCGUUUUCAAUUUGAAAAUAUAAGUUUAUAUAUAGACCUUUUCUUUUCUCGCUAAAAAGGUGAUGGACGAUGCACCUAAAUUUCACAUCGAAGGAGCAAUACCUUUUUUGUUAUUGCUCGAUGGUGAAACAAAGACUUUGGAAAUUUUGGCCGCAGCUAUGGCACUUUCCUUUUGAAAUAAUGUCCCCAAAAUCACUAUUUAUUCUGUCGACAACUUUUUUAAUGGAAAAAGAAAAGGUGUAUAUAUUUCAUAUAUAUUUUCAAAUCGCAAUGUUUUUGAAAACAGGUGUAUACAACAUAUAUGCAUAUAUAAAAUUGAUUAGCCGAGAGUCUUGCACCGAGAGACAAGCGAUUUAUUAAUCUAUAACACCUCGAUGAACAACAAUAUUUUUUACAACAGCUAGUACAUGUAAACAGUUUUAAGCUUUAGAGAUCUUGUGAGUACUGAAUUUCAUUUUAGCACCAAAUCGAAUUAAGCAACAGAUUAUCUACGAUUAUCCUUUGAGGCGAGUGCUAUUUUAAUUUAAGAAUAAUUUGAUUUUCGACUCUGAAGUUUUGGUAAGAUUAUUAUGGCCAGAAUCCUUUACCCUGAGCAGGCACGGUUGUUGAUGCCUCAUCUGCUGAGCGAUGAAGUAGACCACCUGACACUACGCUUGACUGUAGAAUAUUUGGUUUUGAUUACUGAGAUAUUAUAAUGGUUUUCGUCUCUCGGGAUUUGAUUUGAGACUUCUGAGUGCCGAGUACAUGGUUGAUCAAUAUCAGAGAGACUUUUGAUUCAAAAGAAACCAUUCAUAACACGUUGCUAUUACCCGCCUCAUUAACAAUUUGUAGCAGUAGCUUUAACAGUUAAUUAUUGUCGCAUAAAGUAUCCCAUCUAAGCUGGGUUUAGAAAACUGACAUACACGUUUAAGGAACCUGAAACUGGCCAACUAUUUUUAGCCGUGUGGUUCUUUAAAAGCCCGUUAGAGCUGAUUUUGAGCCCCGUUAGCUUGAAGAAAGAUUUCGAAGCAAUUACAGUAUUAUGACUGUAUAUUGUGCAUAUUUUGUUAUGUAUCAAGGACUAUGUUCUGGCAAAGAUUAGGCACCUUACUUGUCUUAAUUCUAUCCAACUACAAGCGACUAUAGGGCUUUAAGUGUCACGCAAAAGAGAUUCUGUCACGAUAAGCAUUGCAGAAAUUAACUUUUCGGGGGGGGAGGGGGGUAGUGUUACAGGAGACCGUAGGUUCAAGGCAAAACUGAAAUGGUAAACUGAAAUAAACAACAAAAAACACUGAAGCUCUUUGGCCUGCUUUUUCAAUUCAAGAGUCCAUCGCUAAAAGC